UUCCUGAUGAGUAGCAUUCAUAAAUAGGACAGUAAGACAUACAUACAGACAGAUAGACAGACAAACAGGGGACUCAGGUGAUCAAGUGGCGCAGGGUGGACAUUCACUGAGGGAGAGAGUGUUUGACAUUCACCCACAGACACAAGCACAGGAACUCACACACAGAAACACAGGAACUCACACACAGAAACAGAGGAACGCACACACAGAAACACAGGAACUCACACACAGAAACACAGGAACGCACACCUGCGCUUUGGGCACCAGGGAUUUGGCGAGGCAGAAUCGUUUGGGAAGUGGGACAGGACAGGAGCGUGCAUGGAUGUGUUCUGCAGCCGCAGUGGCCUGGACCCUCUCUGGGACUGGAACCGGACGUGGCACACCUCCAACCCAGACCUGACCCAGUGCUUCCAGAACACGGUGCUGGUGUGGGUCCCCUGCAUCUACCUCUGGCUCUGCUUGCCCCUCUACUGCCUGCACCUGCGGCACCAUGACAGAGGAUACAUUGGCAUCUCCAGGAUGUGCUGGGCCAAAACGGUGCUGGGCUUCUUUCUGGCAUUCUACGGCUUCGUGGAGUCAUUCUACCUCCUGCUGGAGAGGUACCAGGAGAUCCAGCAGCACCUGGUGUUCCUGGUCAGCCCAGUCAUGCGCAGCCUCACCAUGGUUCUGGCAGUGUGUGUGAUCCACCUAGAGAGGAUGAGAGGAUGCCGCUCGUCUCUCUUCCUGUUUAUCUUCUGGCUGCUGGCCUCCGUGUGCUCCCUGGUCCCGCUGCGGUCCAAGGUGCUGCUGGUUAUCGAGGAGGGUUUCUCAGAGGACGCUGUGCGGUACCUCUCCUUCUUCCUGUACGUCUCCUUGCAGGUGGCAGAGCUGGUCCUCUGCUGCUUCACUGACCCGCCGCCCGACUCCACCAAACCGGCGCUAGGCAAGAACCCCUGCCCUGUUAGAAACGCCUCUUUCCUGUCCAAGAUCUUCUUCUGGUGGUUUGGUGGGCUCGUUGUGAGGGGAUACCGCUCCUCCCUGCAGGCAGAGGACCUCUGGAGUCUGAGAGAGGAGGACACGUCUGAGCAGAUCCUCUCCGACCUGGAGCAGGACUGGAACUUACAGCGUGCCAAGCUGCAGCAGUUAGAGAGGCCCCAGGACGGGGCGGCGGGCGGGGCAGCGGGCGUGUCUCUGCGGCCCUGCCUCAUGGAGCAGACGCAGCUGCUGAGGAAGCUGCAGGUGGAGCAGAGCUGUGGGUUCCGGCUGCUGCACACGCUCACUCGCCGCUUCGGGCCCUACUUCCUGUCCGGCGUGCUCUGCCUCCUGCUGCACGACGCCUUCAUGUUCACCAUCCCACAGGUGCUCAGCCUGCUGCUAGGGUUCAUGAGCGAGGAGGACGCCCCCUUGUGGAAGGGCUAUUUCUUUGCAGCUCUGCUGUUCCUGCUGUCCAGCCUGCAGUCUUUGUGUAACCACCAGUACCUGUACACCUGCUUCAGUGUGGGCAUGAAGGUGAAGACUGCUGUGAUGGGCCUGGUCUACCGCAAGUCGUUGGUGCUCACCAGUGCAGCCCGCCGGACGUGCACCGUCGGGGAGGUGGUGAAUCUGGUGUCGGCUGACACACAGAAGCUCAUGGACUUUGUGGUGUACUUUAACGCAGUGUGGGUGGCUCCCAUCGAGAUCGCCCUCUGCCUCUUCUUCCUGUGGCAGCAUUUGGGCCCAUCAGCCUUGGCAGGGAUCGCUACCGUCAUCAUCAUAUUCCCCCUUAACGGUUUCAUCGCCAAGAAACGGAGCAAACUCCAGGAGGUGCAGAUGAAGUACACAGACGGGAGGAUAAAGCUGAUGAACGAGAUUCUGGGCGGGAUCAAGAUCCUGAAGUUCUACGCCUGGGAGAAGGCCUUCAAGGACAGAGUGCUGGAGCAGAGGGAGAGUGAGCUAAGGGCACUGAAGCGAUCCCAGAUCCUCUACUCCAUCUCCAUCGCAUCUUUCAACUCCUCCUCCUUCCUGAUUGCCUUUGCCAUGUUUGGGGUGUAUGUACUAACGGACAGUCGGAACGUUCUGGAUGCACAGAAGGUCUUUGUGUCCAUGGCCCUGAUCAACAUCCUGAAGGCACCUCUGAGCCAGCUGCCUUUCGCCAUGAGCACUACAAUGCAGGCUAUUGUCUCACUCAAGCGCCUUGGAAAAUUUCUCUGUCAAGAUGAGCUCAAAGCAGACAGUGUGGAAAAGGCUCCCUACUCCCCUGAGGGAGAUAGUUUGGUGAUAGAGAACGGAACAUUCAGCUGGUCUAAGGAAGGCCCUACAUGCCUGAGGAGGGUGAGCAUGCGGGUUCCGUGUGGCUCGCUGGUCGCUGUGGUUGGGCACGUGGGCAGUGGGAAGUCCUCCCUUCUCUCCGCCCUGCUCGGGGAGACGGAGAAACGGAGUGGCCACGUCACUGUCCGGGGCUCCGUGGCCUACGUGCCCCAGCAGGCCUGGAUUCAGAACGCCAGCCUGCGGGAGAACAUCGUGUUCGGGGGCGAGUGGAAGGACAGCUGGUACUGGAAGGUGGUGGAGGCCUGCGCUCUGAUGCCCGACCUGGAGAUCCUGCCGGCUGGAGACGCCACCGAGAUCGGGGAGAAGGGGCUGAACCUGUCCGGAGGGCAGAAGCAGAGGGUGAGCCUGGCCCGGGCGGUGUACUGCGACCGGGCCGUGUACCUGCUAGACGACCCCCUGUCCGCCGUAGACGCCCACGUGGGACAGCACAUCUUCGACAGGGUCAUCGGGCCCAAGGGUCUCCUACGGAACAAGACGCGUAUCCUAGUGACCCACGGCCUCAGCUUCCUACCCCAGGCCGAUCUGAUCCUGGUGAUGGUGGAGGGAGAAAUCACAGAGAUGGGCUCGUACCCAGAGCUAAUGGGGCGGCAGGGGGCCUUCGCCGAAUUCAUACGUGUCUUUGCCAGCAACGAGAGUAAGGAGAGCUCAGCACACAGAGAAGCUGAUGUCCAGGCUCACUCUGCAGGAUCAAGAAAAUCUGCAUCGCGACUCAGUGUAACAGACUUCAUGCCAUCCUCCAGAGAUCUCUCCCAAGAGCAGCUCAUUAGCGGCGACACGUGCAGCCCCAGCCUGCAGAACGCAGACUCUGUCUCUGAGCCGCUCCAGGAGCAGGACCAGGGCGAGACCGGCCGGCUCACUGAGGCGGACCAUGCCCAUACGGGCCGGGUGAAGCUGGAGAUGUACCGUGAAUACUUCCGCACCAUCGGCCUGACACUCAUCCUGCCCAUUGUCUUCCUCUACGCCUUCCAGCAAGCCGCCUCCCUCUCCUACAACUACUGGCUAAGCCUGUGGGCCGACGCCCCCAUCAUCAACGGCACCCAGACCCACGCCAACGUUAAACUGGGCGUAUUCGGUGCGCUUGGCUUCGCACAAGGGGUGGCCAUUUUCGGCACCACGGUGGCCAUCUCGGUGGGUGGGAUCAUGGCGUCUCGCCUCCUGCACCUGGAUCUGCUGGAUAACGUGCUGCGCUCGCCCAUGGCGUUCUUCGAGCGCUGUCCCAGCGGCAACCUGCUCAACCGCUUCGCCAAGGAGGUGGACGCCAUCGACUGCAUGAUCCCUGACGGCCUGAAGAUGAUGCUCAACUACCUCUUCAAACUGUUGGAGGUGUGCGUCAUCGUGCUGAUGGCCACGCCCUUCGCCACCGUAGUCAUCCUGCCCCUGGCCAUCUUCUACGCAUUCGUCCAGAGUUUCUACGUGACCACUUCCUGUCAGCUGCGCAGGCUGGAGUCUGUGAGCCGCUCGCCCAUCUACACGCACUUCAACGAGACGGUGCAGGGCGCCUGCGUCAUCCGCGCCUACGGCGAGCAGCACCGCUUCACCAGCGAGGCCGACCGCAGGGUCGACCACAACCAGACCGCUUACUUCCCCAGAUUCGUGGCCACCAGGUGGCUGGCAGUGAACCUGGAGCUGCUGGGUAAUGUCCUUGUGCUGGCGGCCUCCGUGCUCUCUGUGAUGGGCAAGGCCAGUCUCAGCCCAGGCCUGGUGGGACUGGCAGUGUCCCACUCCCUGCAGGUGACGGCGAUCCUUAGCUGGAUUGUGCGCUCCUGGACUGAUGUGGAGAACAACAUCGUCUCAGUGGAAAGGGUGAAAGAGUACGCUGACACCCCGAAAGAGGCAGAGUGGACCAUAGAGAGCAGUAACCUCCCAGAAUCCUGGCCUCAGACUGGCACCAUAGAGUUCCAGGAUUAUGGCCUGCAGUACCGCAAGGGUCUGGACUGGGCCCUGAAGGGCAUUUCCCUGCACAUCCAGGAGAGAGAGAAGGUUGGGAUUGUGGGCCGGACUGGAGCGGGAAAAUCUUCUCUUGCCCUCGGAAUCUUCCGGAUCUUGGAGGCUGCCAAGGGAGAAAUCUACAUUGACGGAGUGAAUAUUGCCAAAAUAGGACUCCACGACCUGAGGUCCCGUAUCACCAUAAUUCCACAGGAUCCAGUCCUGUUCUCCGGCACGCUGAGGAUGAACCUUGACCCCUUUGAUGCGUACUCCGACCAGGAAGUGUGGAACUCUCUGGAACUGGCCCAUCUGAAGAGCUUCGUGUCGAGUCUGCCAGACAAACUGAACCACGAGUGUUCAGAGGGAGGAGAAAACCUCAGUCUGGGUCAGCGCCAGCUGGUGUGUCUGGCCCGGGCCCUGCUGAGGAAGACCAAGGUUCUGGUUCUGGAUGAAGCCACGGCUGCAGUGGACCUGGAGACCGAUAACCUGAUCCAGUCCACCAUCCGCAGCCAGUUUGAGGACUGCACCGUGCUGACCAUCGCUCACCGACUCAACACCAUCAUGGACUACACGCGGGUCAUCGUCAUGGAGAGGGGUCACAUUGUGGAGUCAGACUCCCCCUCCCGGCUCAUCGCCCGGCGCGGCCGCUUCUACCACAUGUGCCGGGAGGCGGGGCUGGCCUGAGGGCGGGGCCUGGAGCGGGAGCAGGGAGAGAGCAGGACCUCCGGCGGGCUGCACCUCCCCAGGAGGCGCCGUGGAGCAAGGUCGCCUCCCCAAACGGGGUCGCAGAGCGGCCGGGGCCACGCACCCACCAGCCCCUGCCAUGCACAAACACACACGAGCCUCCAGACUGCAACUGAGUAAGUAGCGGAGGCUGUGACAUCAUUCAGUUUGAGGAGGGGCCAGUCAAGGAAGGUGCCGCUCUGAGUCACUGUCCAAUCACGGCGCGGCACUGAAGUCAGGAGCUCAGGGGUCAGCUCGGCAACGGCGGGGGGACUCGGUUAGCCCGUUACAGCUUCUCUUCAACGCCCUGCCUUCAGCCGAGCCUCAGGAGGCCAGCGGGGCCGGCGAUGUGAGCCUCCAGGAAUGCUGUGGUGUUUAUCCCGGCGGUUUGGGGCGGCACACUUGGAACACCGCCCCCAACCAUUUACUGUUUACACUCGUGUGGGUGACACACACACACACCUCACGCAAAAUACCAGGAAAGACCAAGAGAAUAAAACUUUUAUAACACCCAACCCUCGAAUAAAAAAUUAACUCGCCACUACCAUCCGAAAAUAUGAUUUUCAUCCCUUCCUGAACCUAGAUGUCAAGUGGGUCCAUUUUCUUUCUUUUUUUUAAAUAUUUUUGUAUUUUUAUACUGUAUGUGUGGCAUGUUCCUUCCUUGGGCUCAGUGUCUGCACCUAGGCGUGUUUUCAACAGGAAGAGGCAGGGCAUGAGGGGCAUGGCAAAGGAACCCAACCAAUCAGCUUCCUCACCUGUAGCCAUUAAAGAAAGUGGGCUAAUGUCUAAUCUGUUUUCAUGAAAACUGCAAUCUGUUCAUAAUUACAACCUUACAGCACUACUACCAAAGCAUAGCACUGGUCACGUUAAUACAGGAUUUUUUUUUUCUUUAACACAAAAUGAAAUGCCGAUCCUUUUUUGUUUUAAGAUUACAGUGGCCGAUGACCCAGACUUGAACCACAACAAAAUAAUUUAUCCAGUUUCGUUGAGCCAAUCGUGUUUCGGUGUCUGACAUUUGCGUUGUGUAUUGAUCAUAUAUUUUGACAGCCAUUGGUAGCAUUGUAUUGAAGUUAAAAUUGUAAUGGUCUACCUAGUUUGCUUAGCUGGAGUAAAUUCAAACCGCAAUUGUUCCUUGGGUUUUUUAAAUAUUAUUAGCCAGUGUAUAAAAAAAAUUGUUUCAAACAAAAUGCCAUUAUUUAUAGCUUAUUUCAUCCCAGCACUUCUGUUACAAAUGUCGUAAUAAAAUUAUCCAUCCAUUCAUUAUCCUAA